AACCCAGGAAACUUCGCCAACCGCCCGACCGAAGAAGUCAAAGCGAUCGCCAGCAUGGGUGGUAAGGCGAGUCAUGGGGGUCACAACAAGGAGCACGAGGAAGAGGUUGGCCUCCUGUCUCCGCGGCCUAGCAUAGCAUAUACUGACGUACCACAGCGCAAGGACUCUGUCGCUCUCGAAGGCCGCAAUCCGGACGGUACCUUCGUCAAGGGGAGUUCUGCAGCGAAGGAAGCGGGACAUCUCGGUGGC